CACUCCUCUUGCAGCUGGCUGAGCGACACGCCUCCCGCAGCCUCAUGCAACAGCGACCCUAAGCAGCGUACCGUUUUUAACGGUUUCUUUCUUUCAGGCGACSGAAGAAGACCCAUUUAACGGGAGAUUUCGACGAUGAGUAGCUUCAUGAAUAUGGCGUGUAUUGGAGACUUUGACCCAUUCACAGCUGCCAUUCCCGCCACCAGAGUUGAGCUCACGGUGUCGUGUAGAAAUCUCCUGGACAGAGACACUUUCUCCAAAUCAGACCCAAUUUGUGUGCUGUAUACACAAGGAAUCGCCAACAGGGAAUGGAGAGAGUUUAGUCGGACAGAGAUGAUAAACAACACCCUGAAUCCAGACUUUGUCCGAAAAUUCAUCCUGGACUAUUUCUUUGAAGAGAGACAGAAUCUACGAUUUGACCUGUACGACCUCGACUCGAAGAGCGACAACCUGUCUAAACAUGACUUCCUGGGCCAGGCAUUCUGUACCCUGGGGGAGGUGGUGGGCUCGAUGGGAAGCUGCGUGGAAAAACCUCUCAUUGGGAUUCCGGGGAAGAAGUGUGGUACCAUCAAAGUCAGAGCAGAGGAGCUGAGCAAUUGCAGGGAGUCAGUGAUGCUGCAGUUCUGUGGGAACAAGUUGGACAAGAAAGACUUCUUUGGGAAAUCCGAUCCUUUUCUGGUCUUCUACCGCAGUAACGAAGACGGAUCAUUUACUAUCUGCCAUAAGACAGAGGUGGUGAAGAACACUCUGGACCCAGUGUGGCAGGCCUUCAAGAUCCCUGUCAAGGCCCUGUGCAACGGAGACUAUGACAGGAGCAUAAAAGUGGAGGUGUAUGAUUGGGACCGAGAUGGAGGCCAUGACUUCAUUGGGGAAUUCAAUACCAGCUACAGAGAGAUGUCAAGAGGCCAGUCACAGUUUCACAGCUACGAGGUGGUAAAUCCAAAGAAGAAAGGCAAGAAGAAGAAGAAAUACCUCAACUCAGGAACAGUAACCCUUCUGUCCUGUCUGGUGGACAUGGAACUUACCUUCCUGGAUUACAUUAAAGGAGGGACUCAGAUUAGUUUCACAGUGGCAAUUGAUUUCACAGCAUCAAAUGGCAACCCCUCCCAGCCCACCUCUCUACACUACAUGAGUCCGUACCAGCUGAAUGCCUAUGCCAUGGCUCUGAGAGCUGUAGGGGAGAUUAUCCAGGACUACGACAGUGACAAGAUGUUCCCUGCACUGGGCUUCGGAGCCAAAYUGCCCCCAGACGGACGGGUCUCGCACGAGUUCGCUCUGAAUGGGAACCCCCAGAAUCCGUACUGCAGUGGGAUAGAGGGGGUGAUGGAGGCUUACUACCAAAGCCUUAAGUCUGUUCGACUCUAUGGCCCCACACAUUUCUCACCUGUCAUUAACCACGUGGCCAGGUAUGCGCAAUCAGUCAAAGACGGCUCCCAGUACUUCAUCCUCCUCAUCAUCUCGGACGGCGUCAUCACCGACAUGGCCCAGACCAAGGAGUCCAUCGUGAACGCAGCUACUUUGCCCAUGUCGAUUAUAAUUGUCGGAGUUGGACCAGCAGAAUUCAAUGAAAUGAUUGAGCUUGAUGGAGAUGAAGAGAGGAUCUCAUCCCAAGGGAGGUUCGCUGAGAGAGACAUUGUUCAGUUUGUUCCGUUCCGUGACUACAUCGACCGCAGGGGGAACCACAUUCUGAGCAUGGCCCGUCUGGCCAAGGAGGUCCUGGCUGAGAUCCCUGACCAGUUCCUCUCCUACAUGAGAACCAGGUGCAUCAAACCAGGCCUCUGCCCCCCUGUCUACAACCCCGCCCUCGCCGUGCACCCCCUCCUCACCCGACGGGUCAGCCGAAUCUGAGGGGUAAGCCUCCUCCGGGCCUCUUCCUUUCUUGCUUCUUCUUCCUCACUGGAGUUUGACGAUGGCGGUCCGAAGAAGCCAACCGCCAUUUCCACUCUCUUGUUGCACUUUUGUGAAUUCUGAAAUAUUUUCUGCAGAAUGGACAGCAAGGCAUUUUGCUUCUAUUUUAAAGUGUCCCUCAGGAAGGACUUCCCAUGAGAUGUCAGAGGCCACAGUUUACUGGUCUGACCCAGGAAGUGGGUGAGUGCCUAGAACUGACCAACCAGGAGCAGCAUCCAAUCUGUGAAGAACCGUUCAGAAGUACAUUUCUGUCUCUUAUUUCUAUGCCCUACUCUUCCUCUCAACCCCACUUCUGUCUCACCAACGGUCUCUUUCUAAAUGUUUACAAAGUUGAGGAUGAAGAGGAGAUUUUGUACUCGUGGAUAUACGGUUGAAGUCGGAAGUUUACAUACA